UAAGAGGAAUUGGCCUCCAUCUUCUUCACCUAAGAUUUGCAGAGAAAUCUCCGACCGUUUUCACCUAACCACCACAAAUGGCGUUGGAGUGGGUUGUGCUAGGCUACACCGCCGGAGCAGAGGCCAUCAUGGUGCUCCUCCUCACCCUUCCCGGUCUUAACCCCCUCCGCAAGGGCCUCGUCAGCGUCGCUCAGAGCCUCCUCAAGCCUCUAUCCUCCAUCGUCCCCUUCUGCUUGUUCCUCAUGAUGGACAUCUACUACAAGUACGAGACCCGACCCACUUGCGAAUCCCCCGAGGCCUGCUCUCCCGCCGAGCACCUCCGCUUCCACAAGUCUAUCAUCAAGUCCGAGCGCAAUGCCCUCCUCAUCGCCUCCGCCCUCUUCUUCUACUGGAUACUCUACUCCGUCACCAAUCUCCUCGUCCGCAUCGAUGACCUAAACAAUCGCAUCGAGAAGAUUAAGAAUCAGGACUGAUCGACUGCUCUAUCAGGUCGGAUCGGGUCAAUCCGCACCCCUUUUUAGUUUCCGUAUCAGAUAAGCCCCCCUUUUGUUGCUACGAUUUCUAUAUGGAGUGUCCAUUGUCGUCUGCGUUUUUCGUAUUUUUGUACUAUCUAUUCUCUCGAUUAUUAGGAUGUUGUACUGAUAUAUUACGACAGUGUAUUUAAUUUUGGUAUCUUAUGCAUAUUUUGGAUUUUUGUCUCUCUUAAUGGUGUUAUUUAAACAUAAAUUUCUGUUC